GGCGGGCGGGGAGCGAGCGGGCGCCGGGCGGUGGGUCCGGGCUGCCGGGUCUGGGCUGCCGGGUCCGGGCUGCUGCCGCCGGCCGCCGCCGUCUCCUCGCACGUGAAGGGCCGUAGCCGCCCGGUCGCGGAGCCCCCCGCCCCGCAGCGCGGGGGCUGCCCCUCCGCCUGCCGAGCCGCGCCGCUCGCCCCCGCCCGCCGCUCCUGGGAGGCGCCGCGGCGCUGCCCCCGUGAACACUCCCCACGGGGUGGGCGUGGGGAAGGGUGGGUGCUGCGGCGGCCUCCCGUCCGCGGGCGUCCCAGCCCCGCCGGCGGUGGAUGCGCCCGGGAGGAGCCGCCGAGCCCGCCCAGCCCUUCCAGCCCCCCGCGGGGGGGACGCGGGGGCCGCCGCGAUGACUUGACGCCGGGCCGGGCCGUGCCGUGCCAUGGAGGGGAUGACACGCUCCGUGGUGGCCGCGGCGCGGUGGCGGCCGGCGCUGCCCGCGCUGCUGCCGCUGCUGCUCGCCGUGCCGGCGCUGCGGGGCUCGCCCGCCGCAGAUGAAAGAUCCUUGGGGCAGCAGAAUUUUUCCUUUUUCUCAAUGGACUUAAAGGUGCACGAAAGCAUAUCAGGCAGCAGGACACAAACGGCCUUAGCAAAAAGUGAUUUGAAGUCCCAAGAAAGUAAUUUGCUUCAAACGGUUUUAUCAUCAGUUACCACUUCCUUUGAUGUGACUUUACUUAGCCAAGAAGAAACAGCCAGGAUUUCAGAAGGGAGAAGUACGCUGUUGGUAGAUGUCUCCGUAACAAGCAAUGAGGCGUUCUUAAGUGACAAUGAAUUUGUUAGCUCAUUUUCAAAGGCACAGUGGACUCCUCCGCUGAAAUCUUUUGCAGUUUUAACAGAUCAUCACUCAGUUAAUACAGUAGAGCCAUCAAGAGAAAUGUUAGAAACUGUGUUGCUAACACCUUCAUUAUCUGUCCUUUUUUCGCCAUAUGAUAUCUCAAAAACAGCACAGCAGAAGACUCCGUUGAGCGCCAUCCCUGAACGCAGUAACACUCUUACAGAACUAAAACCUUUUGUACCAGAUCGUGAAACGCUAACAGCAAGCAGAGACUUGCUGUUGUACCCUCCAAAUGCAGCUAUUCAUUUCACUUCCUUCCCUUCAGAGAGUGGAGUUGUGGCACAGGAAAACAUUAAUGUGAGUUUAACAGCUCUGCCUUUUGGGACUGCUUCAGAAGGAUUGCCUCUUCAUCUCAAACUGCUGGGUAAAACUAGCCCUGAGAUCCCAGAUGCCACAGCACAAAGUGCAGACCUGUAUGGUGACAUUUACACCGAUGGGAGUACCAAGGCAGCAGAAUCUCUCAGUCUAAGGACAUACCCCACUCCAAGCCUUCCCUGGGCCACGCCAACUUCAGCAGCCAGUGCUGCACCUGCUUUUUUUCCUAUUAGUCUUCCACUUGUGUCUUUCCCACUUAACUCAGCUGCCAUUUCCAGGAACUCUAAUACAGUUCUUAAUGCCAACCUGUUUACACGUGAAUUCUCCACUACAGCACCAAAUUUGCCUGCCGGUUCAGAAAUACCAAGUCAAUCAGAGCUUGUCAGUGAGCUCAUGAGUCCAGUGCCUUUCACAAGAUCAUACAGUUACUGCCUGUAUUGUGACUCGGUUUCACUUCUGCCAGAAGCAGGCUUUUCCCCAGAACAUGAUGUGGGCUCAGGCGAUUAUGUUGAAACUAUGUCCAUCAAAGCCUCUGAGGUACAAGGCGUAACUCCAUUUACAAGCAUAAUUACUGAUGGGUAUGAAUUAGAGGAACCUACACCUGAGAUUUUUGAUACUUCUUUUCCAUCAAGACCAGUUGUUUCAUUGUCUUCAAGAUUUGCAGAGAUCCCUGAUUCAAGCAUUUUAGUAAGCACUACAGACACUAGAACACCUAUAACCAUUUCUCCUUCCUACCAUCAGCUCCCUGGAGGAAUGUCAUUGAAUAUCUCUGUUGCCCAAUCCCUCCCUGUUCUGGAAACAAUUUCAUUGACACUAAGCACUCAUGUGGAACUUCCUGGUGCCACCACCGUUCUGUUUGACUCUACCAUCAUCCCGAGUGAGCCAGUAGCGCCGUUUUCAAUCAGUCGGACAACUUUGCUGGAAUUGCCAGAAUUAAUGCCAUCAGAAUCUGUGGUUUUGCUUGACAAGACAUUUACGAGUGAGGAACCGUCUUUAAAGAUUUCAGAUUUUCCAUCCAGUCUUUUAUCAACACCGUUUCUUAUUGAAUCUAGCUACUUAUCUUUAUCAUCGACCAUGCUAGAUUCUUACUCUGUCAGGCAAGGUGAUUUAUCAACACUCUUACCUCAGAUCUUGUUGACUGGGACAUCAGUACUUUCUGAGGAUGUUACCAGCUGGGACUUAGCUACCACUGUCAGCUCUGCCACUGACACCAAGGUUUCUCAGUUACAUCUCGGCCAAACGUCGUACGUUUAUUCAAAUGUAUCAUCCCUUCCAGAUGCACAUGUUCCUGAAAUAAUGCCAUCAUCAGAUUUUCCCUCUGGGUCAUCUGUGUUUCUGGAAGCACCCUCGGUACUGCCAGUGGGCUCUGAAGUUGUAUUUACCUCAGCUGUUACAGGAGCUACCUCUCAGUUGGAGCCUUCACUCUCCACCUUUCACUCUGUGGUUCCUACCCUGGUGCUGCCCACUUCGGACACCCAGUCUGUUACCAGCAGCAUCUUGCUCAGCGAAACAAAUCUGAUCUCUUUGUUUACUACCUUUCCAGCAACUCCUGUCUUAAAUGUAUCUUCAUCUCUGCUCUCAACUGCACUGGCUUCUGAUGAGGAUAUUGGUGCUACAGUUUACCCCACGCUGCUUUUAACAUCUCGCAGCGAGGGCAGUGCUCCCACAGCCCUUCCUCCCACAGACCCUGACAACCUCACAUCAGCCGCCAGCACCAUCAGCGUGAUGCCCUUUCCUACAACAUCUCUGUCUGUGACUGUGGCAUUUACUCCCACACAGUUUCCUCCAACUUCUAGCCCUCCCACUGGAUAUGAAGUUCCAGCAGGAAGCAGUGUAACUGCUGGCACUGAUGCAUCAGCUCCUUCCACCAGCGUCCCCACGACCGCUGUCACCAGUGCUACAGGCAGCCAUGGCACAGCUGCUGCAGGCAGCCCAGGGACAUUCUCCUCCACCCCUGUGGCAACCACUACUCCGUCUGAACUGGUGGUUGUGACUUCUGCUGUGACUACUACCAGGCAGCCGUAUGUCUGCGACAUCACCAUUCCCGAUGCUUACUUAGUCACUGCAGUGCUGGCCCGAAGAGCUGUUCUACGAAAUGUCAGUGAAUCCAUCAGAGAAGUGCUCAGAGUUCAGUUCAGGAGAUCAGUAGAGUUAGAGGUUUAUAAAAUUUCCCCCAAAUUUGCUUUCUUGGUGACAUCAGGUCCUUUUGUUUACACGGCAAUAGCUGUCAUAAAUGUGCUUGUGAACAGCAGUCUCCUUCGUGGUGAGGCCCCCAUGAUCCUCUCACUGCAUCCUUCUUUCACUGUGCCAGACAACAGAUUUCAAGUUCAGACAGUGCUUCAGUUUGUACCUAGAAAUAUGGAUAUUGGGUUCUGCAACUUUAGCCAGCACAUUGAGAAAGGGCUGACAAUGGCAUUCCUGGAGGUGAACAAACACCAGGAGUUCUACAACUUCACUGUGCAGAUACUGAACAUAACUCUGAUCAGGCCUGGGGUAGCGUUUCGACAAGGCCCCGUGAGCAUUGUUUUUGCCAUCCGAGAUAGAUCCGGUUUUCUAAAUGGGUCCGAAGUCAGUGAGCAGCUGAGGAACUUGUCCGUGGUGGAGUUCAGCUUCUAUCUGGGCUUUCCUGUGCAGCAAAUUGCUGAACCCUUUCAUUAUCCGAAGCUUAAUGUGUCUCAGUUGAUGAAAUCUUCCUGGGUGAGAACAGUUCUCCUGGGUGUCGUCGACCAGCGAAUUCAGGAGGAAGUGUUUCGGGCUGAGAUGGAGCGGAAACUUGCUCACCUGCUGAACGAGGCUUUGGUCAGAGGGCGGAUAUGGAGGCGAGCCAGCUUUGCAGGAAGCAACAUUGUGCAGAUUGUGAAUGUGUCGCGAUUAGUUGGUGUUGAUAACCCCGUGGAGCUGAUAUAUUUCGUGGAAGACCAAGAUGGAGAGAGACUGAGCGCUCUGAAGUGCUCAGACCUGAUGAACAGAGUUGAUAUCCAGCGGGCUGCAAUCAUCCUUGGAUACCGCAUCGAUGGCACCGUUGCACAGCCUGUGGAGAAGCUGAAGGAGUCCGCUUCAGAGUCACAGAACAGCAACCUGUGGAUUAUCGUUGGUGUGGCAGUCCCAGUUGCUGUGGUGCUCCUGAUCGUUAUUAUUUUAUACUGGAAACUUUGCCGAACAGACAAGCUGGAGUUUCAGCCAGACGCAAUGAGCAACAUUCAGCAACGACAGAAGCUACAAGCCCCCAGUGUGAAAGGCUUUGAUUUUGCUAAGCAGCAUCUGGGCCAGCACAAUAAAGACGAUGUCCUGAUUAUCCACGAGCCAGCUCCUUUACCAGGACCUAUUAAGGAUACUACCCCGUCUGAAAAUGGAGAUGUGCCCAGCCCCAAAUCCAAGAUUUCCACAAAGCCUUCAAAGACUGUUCGACACAGAGGGAGAAUUUCGCCAUCAGAUGCUGACUCCACAGCCAGUGAACAAUCCAGCGGGAGAGAGACUGGAGAGGAAACUGCAAGACCAUCAACUGCAAACGAGGGCAAACCACGCAGAGCAGUGAAGAAAGGAGCAAACAGAGUGGGACCCCCUCAGACCAGCAGUGGAAAUGAACAGCACUCCUCAGCCUCCAUCUUUGAACAUGUGGACAGGAUGUCUCGCUCCUCAGAUGCCAGCAGACGGGUCCCAAGCAAGAUCCAGCUGAUUGCUAUGCAACCGAUGGCAGCACCUCCGGUUCAGAACUCAGUGCUUUCUGAUCGAGUGGCAGAGACCAACAAAAUUAAUAAAGAGAUACAGACAGCCCUGAGGCACAAAUCUGAGAUUGAGCAUCACCGCAAUAAGAUUCGCCUUCGCGCCAAGCGUAAAGGGCACUAUGAAUUUCCAGUGGUGGACGACGUGGUGGUGGUUGACUCCAAAGAACAGCACAGAAUAUAUCGCAAGGCACAGAUGCAGAUUGACAAGAUCUUGGACCCUGGAGGCAGUGUGCCUACAGUCUUCAUAGAGCCCAGGAAGAGUUCUCGUGCAAAACGUUCUCCCAAGCAGCGCCGGCGACAUCAGAUAAAUGGGAGUCCGAUUGAUGCCGAAAAGGACAGGUUAAUCACAACUGACAGUGAUGGGACAUACAAAAGGCCUCCAGGAGUCAAUAAUUCUGCAUAUAUUUCUGAUCCAGACUUGCCUCCUGAACCUCAGACAUCAUCUUCAGCCGAUCUGGGGAAGUUCCCUGGCUUGCCCUCCCACCCGGUGUCGCAGUACGUGCCCCCGCAGCCGUCCAUUGAAGAGGCUCGGCAGACCAUGCACUCGCUGCUGGAUGACGCCUUUGCGCUGGUGGCUCCCAGCAGCCAAGCUGCCAAUUCCACAGCUGUGGCACCGCCCGGGGUCUCUGCAGGACAGCCGAGAUAUAUGGAAUUUGGAAUGACUCCGCCAACAGCACCAGGUCUCCUACCAAGGCAGAACUUUGGGCCAGGUUUCCUUCAACCUGCGGAGUUAAUGCACCCUGAGCAGCCGCCACCUGAGGUUCCGUAUUCCUCCAGAGGGAUGUACUCAGAGGAAAUGCCGUCAGUGGCACGGCCACGGCCCGUUGGAAGCACUGCAGGUUGCUCUCUCUGCUACUACUUAAGGCUUAUCUACAGAGAAAGACGCAUAUGCAUGGACACCAAGAAUAUUCCUCCUCACCAGUAUUCCAGAUGCCGAGGACUUCAGCCAGACAGCCCUCAGCACCUCCUGCUCAGCUUCCACACAACAGCCUUCAGGGCCAGGGCCUUUGCUACACCACCAGUUCCACUGAGGACCUCCAGCCAGGUCACUCAUCAGCCUCUCUUAUCAAAGCAAUUAGAGAAGAACUUCUGCGACUUUCUCAGAAACAGACAACAGUGCAGAACUUCCAUAGCUGAUUUAGCAUUCCGUUGCAAAUCUGCCAGGUAUCUGCUUCCUAUGGAAGCAAACACUUAUUGGAAAUCAGCAAUGUUAUUCUCUCAAAGGAAGGAACUUUUACAGCUCUGUUGACAACACUCUGGAAAAACUGAAGAAGACAGCAAAAUGAGGAUAGUAAGGAGAGAGAGAUGGGGGACAAACAGGGAAAAUCAUCAGUGUCAUCACAAGUAAUAUUAAUUAAUCUACUAAUAUUACGAUGCUCCUUCUCUCUCCUUACCCUCGUUCAACCUAACAUAUAAAUAAAACCUUAGGUCAAGAACUCAAUACUCCAGCAACAAAACAAAAAAAAGACAGGAACAAACUCCAAGUAUGAUGGACUCCUUUUUCUAAGGAAGUAGGUGAUGUUUUGAAUAAACUGAGAUGACAUUUUGCAAGAGAUUACAAGUAUUCUUAUCUCUCCAGUGCUUAUGGGGAACUGGUUUGCAUUGCUGUUCUGCAGGAUUACAAACUGUAUCAGCUCAAGGGUCUUGAAGGUCCAAUCCAACAUAAGAAUCACUUUGGUUGUCAGGAACAAUGGGACUGCUUAGAAUAAAAGUCUUUUUUUGAGUUACUUGUAUCAAACUGGAACAAUAAUUGUUAUAGCUCUGUGGUUCCGAAUGGAGCUACCCUCUGCACUCUUCCUUGUUUUCCUUCUGGUGCUGAAGCUUCAAGUGUUCCUUCAUCUUCAAUGUUUGCAAAGUGAAACAUUGGCCUUGUAUAACUAAGAAAAUAUCUGUAGACUCAUUCAGGCUGGAAAAAGAAAACAAAGCAUCCAAACAGAAAGGGCUUGGUAUCUAAUUUGUUUAAAAAUUAUUGAAAACUGGAAGAGGAAUACUCAGCCACAGUUGAAUUUGGGGAAAUGUGUGUGUAUAUCUUUAAAAAAUAUAUUUACAUGCUAAAUGCUCUGGCAAGACCAGUGAUAAAAUAUUGCCACUCUGUAGUUUGCUUUGUGGACAGAAACCAAUCCAGCCUGACUGGUACAGGGUCACCAGCAUUACAUUAUAAAUUGAUGUCCUAAAUCAUUGCUGAUGUUUGGAUCUGAAUAAUUUUAGUGGAAGUCAGUGACAGUUUAGAGCAUUAACAUAGGCUUAGAUUUGCAGUUUUGAGACAGUUUCUAUAUUUAUACUUGUUUCCACUGUCCCUUUGGACAAAAGGUGAGCAUUAUCCCCAUGGUAAAAAUGGUACGUGCCAUGGAACUGUUUGUCGCUGUUUUUUCAGAGUUUUAAUUUAAUAUUAGCUACAAAUUUACUAAUAUUGACCAUUGCAUAACUGUAACUGACAUAAUACAUACAGAAAUUUUACUUAAGUUA